CCCACUUCAUUCACUUGCAAAUCAGUGUGUGCCCACAAGAGCCAGCUCUCUGGAGCCGUAACCUUCCCAUCCCGAGAGCUGCAGUUCCAGCCACAGCAGCAAGAAGCACAGAGCGGGAGACCGUGGCGGAGGCAGGAGCAUCCUGGGCGAGUGGCAGGGUGUCCCCAGGAGCCGGGAGGCAAACCGAGAUACCCUCUGAAAGCCAAGUCAAGAACACUAAGGAAGAGAGGAGGCAUGAGCCUGGAACUGGUGCAGUGAAAGAGGCGUGUUAAGGAAAGGGGAGCUCACUACCCACUCUACUGCCUGCCUUGCCAUCAUCAUGAGGACUUACCGGUACUUCCUGCUGCUCUUUUGGGUCGGCCAGCCCUACCCCACUUUCUCAAACCCGUUAUCUAAAAGGACCGGUGGCUUCCCAGCAAAGAGGAAGGCCCUGGAGCUCUCUGCCAACAGCAGGAGUGAGCUGAGCCGUUCGAAAAGGAGUUGGAUGUGGAAUCAGUUCUUCCUCCUGGAGGAAUACACAGGAUCCGAUUAUCAGUACGUGGGCAAGUUACAUUCAGACCAGGAUAGAGGAGAUGGAUCACUUAAAUAUAUCCUUUCAGGAGAUGGAGCGGGCGAUCUCUUCAUUAUCAAUGAGAACACAGGCGACAUACAGGCCACCAAGAGGCUGGACAGGGAAGGAAAACCUGUUUACAUCCUUCGAGCUCAAGCUGUCAACAGAAGGACAGGGAGACCCGUCGAGCCUGAGUCUGAAUUCAUCAUCAAGAUCCAUGACAUCAAUGACAAUGAGCCAAUAUUCACCAAGGAUGUUUACACUGCCACAGUCCCAGAGAUGGCUGAUGUUGGCACAUUUGUGGUCCAAGUCACGGCGACUGAUGCUGAUGACCCAACGUAUGGGAACAGUGCUAAAGUCGUCUACAGCAUCCUGCAGGGACAGCCCUAUUUUUCAGUGGAGUCGGAAACAGGUAUCAUCAAGACAGCCUUGCUCAACAUGGAUCGAGAAAACAGAGAACAGUACCAAGUGGUGAUUCAGGCCAAGGACAUGGGCGGCCAGAUGGGAGGACUGUCGGGGACUACGACCGUGAACAUCACGCUGACAGAUGUCAAUGACAACCCACCCCGUUUCCCCCAGAGUACAUACCAGUUUAAGACCCCCGAGUCGUCUCCACCGGGAACGCCAAUUGGCCGGAUCAAAGCCAGUGAUGCUGAUGUGGGAGAAAAUGCGGAGAUUGAGUACAGCAUCACAGACGGUGAGGGACACGAUAUGUUUGACGUCAUCACCGACCAGGAAACCCAGGAAGGGAUCAUAACUGUCAAAAAGCUCUUGGAUUUUGAGAAGAAGAAGGUGUACACCCUCAAGGUGGAAGCCUCCAAUCCCCACGUCGAACCCCGAUUUCUCUACCUGGGUCCCUUCAAAGACUCGGCCACGGUGAGAAUCGUGGUGGAUGAUGUGGACGAACCCCCUGUCUUCAGCAAACUGGCCUAUAUCCUACAGAUACGGGAGGAUGCCCGGAUAAACACGACCAUAGGCUCUGUGGCAGCUCAGGAUCCUGACGCCGCCAGGAAUCCUGUCAAGUAUUCUGUGGAUAGACACACAGAUAUGGACAGGAUAUUCAACAUUGAUUCUGGAAACGGUUCGAUUUUUACAUCAAAACUUCUCGACCGGGAAACCCUGCUGUGGCACAACAUCACAGUGAUAGCAACGGAGAUCAAUAACCCAAAGCAAAGCAGCCGCGUGCCUCUAUAUAUUAAAGUUCUCGAUGUCAACGACAAUGCCCCAGAAUUUGCUGAGUUCUAUGAAACUUUUGUCUGUGAAAAAGCAAAGGCGGAUCAGCUGAUUCAGACCCUGCACGCUGUUGACAAGGACGAUCCUUACAGUGGACAUCAAUUCUCCUUCUCUUUGGCCCCAGAAGCAGCCAGUGGCUCAAACUUUACCAUACAAGACAACAAAGACAACACUGCAGGGAUCCUAACUCGGAAAAAUGGCUAUAACAGACACGAGAUGAGCACCUAUCUCCUGCCUGUGGUCAUUUCGGACAACGACUACCCAGUCCAAAGCAGCACUGGGACAGUGACUGUCCGGGUCUGUGCAUGUGACCACCAUGGGAACAUGCAGUCCUGCCACGCCGAGGCCCUCAUCCACCCCACAGGGCUGAGCACAGGGGCUCUGGUGGCCAUCCUUCUGUGCAUCGUGAUCCUACUAGUGACAGUGGUGCUGUUCGCAGCUCUGAGGCGGCAGCGAAAGAAAGAGCCUUUGAUCAUUUCCAAAGAGGACAUCAGAGAUAACAUUGUCAGUUACAACGAUGAAGGUGGCGGAGAGGAAGACACCCAGGCCUUUGAUAUCGGAACCCUGAGGAACCCUGAAGCCAUGGAGGACAGCAAAUCACGCAGGGAUAUUGUGCCCGAAGCUCUUUUUCUACCACGGCGGACUCCAACAGCUCGUGACAACACGGAUGUCAGAGAUUUCAUUAACCAAAGGUUAAAGGAAAAUGACACGGACCCAACAGCCCCUCCCUACGAUUCCUUGGCCACCUAUGCCUACGAAGGCACCGGCUCGGUGGCCGACUCCCUGAGCUCACUGGAAUCCGUGACCACAGAUGGAGACCAAGAUUAUGACUACUUGAGUGACUGGGGCCCUCGGUUCAAAAAGCUGGCAGAUAUGUACGGAGGGAUGGACAGUGACAAAGACUCCUAAUCUGUUGCCUUUUCAUUUUCCAAUAUGACACUGGACUGUGUGACGUGGCUAGUCCUUCCUAUUUAUCCACUAUUCCGUGAGGGGUUCUCCCGUUGUAGCUGGCCCAAAAGUCAAUGGCUGCAGUCCGUGUGGAUCCAAUGGUAGAGACUUUUUUCUAGUACACUUUUAUGAGCUUCCAAGAGGCAAAUUUUUAUUUUUUAGUUCAUGCAGUUAACUGUUAGCCCAGCAGGCACACGGCGGGAGGAGAGGCAGGAACGGCCCCUGUCCCCUUAGAGCAGGUUGGCCACAUCCCUUACUGCUGGCCUAGACUCUUACUUCCUUCCAUUCAUGGCCUCCAGUCAGCUGAAUGUUCCUACUGUACAUUUCACAUGCUAAUGGAAGAAGAGAUCGUUUUCAUGAUAAAAAUAUAGUUUUAGUAUUUAAAAAAGGGGGUAACAAUUGGGAACUUGUUCCCGGUCUAUCAGCUCUCAAGGAGAUAAUUAGCUUUGGAGGGGUUUGUAAGGAUGUGUGUGUGUCAAGGAAUUUAAAGUGGUAUCUGGGGCAUCCUGUCUGUCCUGGGAGAGGUGUUCCUGGUACCAACAACUACCCAUAAUGUCAAAUCCUUCCAUGUUUUAAGAUGAUUUAGGAGCAAAUCAAAUGGUAUCAUUCAAAGACAGUAAUGAAAGGCAAAGCUGUGUUCCCUGACACGAUUUGGUUGCAUGUGAUAAACAUAGAAGGUUCACCAUCACAACAAAUCAAGGGAAAAAGAGAAAUAGCUUUACAAAAAAA